AUAUUUCCACCAGGGGUCAAAGUUAACCUUUAGCCAUGUGUGUGUGACUGUGACCACAUCUACUGCCUAGCAGUUAGAUACAGCUCCAGUUUACGCUUUAUAAGUAUUUAUGAAUAGUCAUUAAAUUUACUACUUUACGUUCUCAGCAGCUUGUAUAAUUUCUCCACGGAUUCUUUUGAGUUGUGUUUUAUCUUGAAUAUCCUGCGCUGCUGCGUGUUAGCUUCCUUAAUUCAGAUUAUAUGCCGGUUUGCAUCAUUUAGCUGCAGGAUAGUUUCAUAAUGGCUUAAUUUAAUGUGACAUGUUUAAAAGCCGACCGCUGUUGAGUGCCUUAGUAAACCACAAACUGACGUCAGAGAUAAACAGUGGACUUUAUCAGUUCUUUUGCACCAUGAGUGAAGGAGCCAAAGAUGAGCAGACAGCCAAGCUGUUGAAAAGAGCCAAUGAGGAAAAUGAAGUCUCUGCUGAGACAGUGCACGCCACAAAAAGAAUAAAAACAGAAGGGGAACAUGCUGAAGAUGAAAAGAAAUAUCCCAAGAAGAAAGUGGUACUCCUCAUGGCAUACUGUGGAAAGGGAUACUACGGCAUGCAGAGAAAUCCUGGCACCUCUCAGUUUAGGACCAUUGAAGAUGAACUGGUCACUGCACUUAUUAAAUCUGGUUGCAUUCCUGAAAACCAUGGCGAUGACAUGAAGAAGAUGUCUUUCCAAAGAUGUGCCAGAACAGACAAGGGUGUGUCUGCAGCUGGCCAAGUGGUGUCUCUAAAGGUGCGCUUGAUUGAAGACAUCAUUGAAAAAAUCAACGAGCAUCUGCCACAGCAGAUCAGAGUGCUAGGUCUAAAACGAGUGACUCAGGGUUUCAAUUCCAAAAACAACUGUGAUGCUCGUACAUACUCCUACAUGCUUCCAACAGUGGCCUUUUCCCCAAAAGACUAUGAUACUGGGAAUAUAUCAGCCUUUCGCCUGGAGCCAGAGACACUUCAAAAGGUCAACCGUUUGUUCGCUCUCUACAAAGGCACCCAUAACUUCCACAACUUCACCUCUCAGAAGGCUCCAAGUGACCCCAGUGCCCGCCGUUACAUCACAGAGAUGUCCUGUGGAGAGCCUUUUAUCCGCAGCGAUACUGAGUUUGCAGUGAUCACCGUGCGAGGCCAGAGCUUCAUGCUGCACCAAAUCCGCAAGAUGAUCGGCCUGGUGAUUGCGGUGAUCAAGGGCUACGCAAAUGAAGAAGUGAUGGAGCGCAGCUGGGGACAAGAGAAGGUGGAUGUACCCAAAGCUCCGGGACUUGGGUUGGUCCUGGAAAGGGUUCACUUUGACAGGUACAACAAACGCUUCGGAGGGGACGGGCUGCACGAGGUCCUGGAAUGGGAUAGUGAAGAGGAGAGGAUCAAGGCCUUCAAGGAGGCUCAAAUCUACCCCACCAUUGUUGAGACAGAGUGUCAGGAGGGCUCCAUGAUCAGCUGGAUGUCCACACUCCCAAUCCAUGACUUUCAAGCCACAUCUGCUAAAACACUCGAUGAUAAGGACCAGAAACAGGACAAUGCAGAUGAAGGAAAUGACUCUGAUUAGGUCACCCUGUCUGCUGAAAGAAGAGGCAUUUUCUCAUCAAAACUGUCUUUCUUUUGCCAGGAAUUGUCUUUCUUUUUGGGUCUGGAAGUUAAUCUUUCAAGAUUGACAUUUUCUUAUUUGGAUUCAAUUGUUUCUCUUAUGUAUAUGUUAUUAAAUACAAAUAACAAAAUAAUAAAAGCCUUUCUGUUCAUUAUUUUA